AUGUUAUCGAAUGCAGUUGAAGAUGGUGAUAAAAUCAUUCAAUGUUUAAAUAGCAAUGAAAAACUUCAAUUCGUUCGUCAAAUGACUGAAGCGGCUAAUAACUUAUAUUAUAUCGAUUUUCAACGCCAAUUAUGGCAAGUUUAUUUUGAUCUUUGUAUGAAAGAACGUGUAUGGGCACCACGAGUAUCAAAAUCUUUUGCUAAACAGCAUCAUACAUGUCGUUCAUAUGGUUUUCCUAAGGAUAUCAUUGAACAACGACAGAAAACAAUAACACAACUGUUAUGA